AUGACAGUCACAACAGUCCCUGCGACGCAUCCCAUCGAAAGACGAGGCCCGCUCUCACAAACAAGCACAGCAGAGUUACACCAAUCCAGGGAUCUUCAGCACCAACGUCGCGAGGCUCAUAUUCCCAAAGGGUCAAAUGACGAGGAAAAGCUCUACGUCCUGACACUUUUUACGGACAAGCGACACCACGAUGAAAUGACUGCGCUGCGAAGGCAAUGGUUUCCUUCACGACUACUCAAGGUCGACGCCCAUAUCACUCUGUUUCACGCGUUACCCGGUUCCAAACUGUCAGAGGUGAAGGCAGAUAUCGCAGACAUCGCAGCUCGAGCAGCAAAAUUCCCAAUUGGCGUUGGAAAUCAGGACGUUUACGAAAUGGGAAAGGGCGUUGGCAUUAAGCUCUAUGCUGGCCAGAAGAGAGCUAUGAGCAUACGCAGUGAAUUGAGGAGCAAAUGGGAGCAUUUUCUAAGCGAGCAAGAUAGACGAGAGAAAUGGAGAGGUCAUUACACCGUCAUGAACAAGCAGGAUGAUAAGGAAGAGGUACAGAAGUGUCUAGAUUAUUUGAAGGAGGGGCAUGCAGAGAGUAAAGGCACAGUUGAAGGACUCUGUCUGUGGCUAUAUGAUAGAGGUUGGUGGAGGGAAGAAGAGGCAUUUAAAUUCUCGGAUAAAGCAAAGAAAUAG